UUGCUUCCGAGUUCGGACGGCGCGUGUCUGCACUUUCAAAGACAAAAAGCAAACAAGAAAAAGACAGCGAGAGACGGAUUCAGAAACAGAUCCCGUCAGGAGGAGUGUGUUGAUUUAAAGGCACCUCCUUCCCAGUUUCCAUGGUUGUGCAGUGAGUUGUCUAAUGUCCUCCAGGUCUGGGCCAUGCAUGUGAGAAGAGAAUCUUAGAAGAGAAAAGCAGACAGUUUGAGUGGAGAGAGAGAAGAGUUUUCCACAGGGCUAUGGCCUCGGCCAAAGAGGACGUUGAAGUGCACAUUAAAGAAGAGGACUGCAAGUGGGGUAUACCGGCGGGUCUGUGUGUGAAGGAGGAGGACUGCGAGGAGCAGAUUUCAGGUUUUAAAGAGGAAGAGUUCAAGGAGGAGUUUAAUGGCAUUAAAGUGGAGGAUUGUAAAGGGUUCUCGGGCAGUGUUGAACAGCAAAAGCAUGAAACUGAGGAUUCAUUCAAGCAAGAGAUUACAGAAGAAUAUUUUUCAAGUAUCCAGCCCCAGUUCCUCAGUACGGGAGAGCUGGUUACUCAGCAGAAUUCUAUGGAGCUGAAAUGUGAGUUAUCUGAAUUUGAAGAGAACAUCGAUGAAGGAAAAGGUCAGAAAGAGGAAGUGCAGCUGCCUUCUGGGAGCAUUGGAAUACAUUUCCAGGAAAGUGGUGGCUUCUCUUCAUCUUCUUUUGCACAGGCCUCUCCUCAGUGCAGACUGCAGCAGAGACCUGACAAUGAGGAUAGAAAGAAAUCAGCAAGUGGGUCUGAGAAUGUGACAGCAGCCCCUGUGCAGUGCAGUCCUCUUACCGCUGACAACGAAACACAGAGGGAAGCCAUCGACAGUGAUCAAGAGCAUAAUACAUAUCAAGAGACAUUGUAUGCCUGCCAAGGAUGCAAAAGAACUUUCAAAAACAUGCUGGAUUAUAAAUACCAUAAAUGGCUUCAUACAAAACCAAAUCCGUAUGUCUGUACUGAGUGUGGCAAAUUCUUUUCCUGCAGCAGCAAUCUUCAUAAACACAAACGAAUUCACACUGGAGAAAAACCUCAUUGCUGUGUUGAAUGUGGCAAGCGAUUCUUGCAUUUAGGCCAUCUUCAGAGUCACAAAAGAAUCCAUACUGGAGAAAAACCUUACUGCUGCUCUGAGUGUGGCAAGCGAUUCUCCAAUAACAGCAGUCUUCGUACACAUGCGAAAAUUCAUACUGGAGAAAAACCUUAUCGCUGCUCUCAGUGUGGGAAAAGAUUCUUGCUAAAAAGCCAACUUCAAAGUCACAUCCGAAUUCACACCGGAGAGAAACCUUAUCGUUGUACUGAAUGUGGGAAACAGUUCUUACAGGUCAGCCACCUUCGGAGCCACAUCAGAGUUCACACUGGAGAGAAGCCUUACUGUUGCCCUGAGUGUGGGAAACGUUUUUCAAACAGCAGCUGUCUUCAUAAACAUAGAGGAAUUCACACGGCAGAGAAACCUCAUUACUGUUCUGAAUGUGGGAAACGGUUCUUACUUAAAAGUCAACUUCAAAGUCACCUUAGAAUUCACACUGGAGAGAAACCCCAUUGCUGUCCAGAAUGUGGCAAACGAUUCUCCCGUAACAGCACACUUCAGCAGCACACAAGAAUUCAUACUGGAGAGAAGCCAUAUUGCUGUUCUGAAUGUGGGAAACGAUUCUCUCAAAACAGCCAUCUUCAGAAACACUUAAGAAUUCACACUGGAACUAAAAAACAGCAAUAGAACCGGUUGUGCUGGGAUCAACGGAACUAAUGAAGAACUUUCAGGCCUAUCUACUGAUUAGCGUAACUCCUUAUAAAUUGCUAAAGGAGACGUUAUUAGGAACAGUGCCAGUGCUGCACUGAACCCUCACUGAAAACUUAAGAAAUACAGCCGUACAACAGAACUGCCAUGACUGAAGAGUGAGCAUUAUUCUUGUCAGUAAGCACACCAGAAAUAUGUGAAAAAAUUUAACCCAUAGAGAAAUUCCAGAAGGUGAGAGGUAAAGAAGGUAAGAAGAAGUCAAAAAGCAUGUAUAAUGUAAGCCCACCUAGCUACUCAAGUCUUGAUGGAUAUCUUCACAGGGUGGGUUUCAUUACAAAACCUUAUCAAAGCCAAACUAUUUGUAUAUCAUGAUCCUGAUCCAGAAGCAGUAAUUCAUACCUGUUGCAUGUCUCUCAGGAUAGAAAUGUCCCUACUCCUGCCUAAGCACUGGGGUCGAUGGUGGCAGUGAUAGUGUGACAUCUUCAGAUGAAGAGAAGAUGACCUCCAGUCUGGGUGACAGUCAAGAUGAAAAAUGGAACAGACGAGACCACCAAAGUGUAAGUUGAGCAGAAAAUCAAAAACAUUUGACACGGUGGUCAGUGGUAGAUGAAGAGGAGAUCACGGCCUGCUACUUCCAUGCAAUAAAUUGUCAAUUUCCAACAAAGUGUUGUUAUACCGGGAGGACUCACUCAUAAUUGGAAUCCAGGCAAGUGAUCCAAGAUAAGUGAUGCAAACUUAACAUUGCUAAGCAAAAUAAAGAAAGACAGCAGUUAAGUGAAGAGAAAUUAGAACAACAGCAAAAGAUGAAAUAAUAGAAGAGACAAAUUCAAGUCAUGAGAACAGAACUGGUGAAGACGUGGCAUGAAGUAACAAGGAGGACGUCAUCUGCUGCCCAGUGGUAUGUGUGCCAGUCUGAAGGCAAACUAAGUCCCGUUCCCCUAAAGCCCGUCAUUUCGAGGAGCUCGGGUCGCCUCCUGUCUGCUUUUCAACUCCCCAUCUGUGAAGGCGACUCUCAGCCUCUGACCCUCUCACUUCUCCUUGUGUGUCUCACACUCGCAGUUCAUCUUUAGUUCAAGUCGCCAAAGCCAAACUGGCUGCUCUGAUUGCGCUGAAGGACUGGACACACACACACACACACACACACACAGACCUUAGCAUUUUAUUUUAUAGUUGACUUGUGUUUGUUUUAUCUACUCUGUUAUAACAGCAAUGGUUUUUACGUGUAGCGUGGCAAUCGUCUGCUGUAAUAGGCCAGUCUGUCUGUCUGCCUGCAUGAAACAACUUGGCUCCCAGGACAUUCUAUUAACGCUGUUAUUUUUAAUUAUAACACAACUUGUUAUUAAAAUAUGCAGCAGACACUUUGAUGAUGUGACCAGAAGUGUGGCAACUUUCAAAGCAGCUUAGCCGGUCUCUGGACGCACCUCAGUGUUACGCCACACCAACCUGUCUGUCUUUGCCAUUUCUUCGAGGUGGUUUG